AUGAGACUCCUGGCUGUCCUCGCCGUGGCCCUGGCCACCCUCCUGGCGCCAGCUGCCGGGGGCCCUGUCCCCAAGCAGGACUCCUCCCGGAAGAAGCUGCUCCUCGUGUCCUUCGACGGCUUCCGCUGGGACUAUGACCAGGACGUGAGCACCCCCCACCUGGACUCCAUGGCUCGCGAAGGGGUGAAAGCACGCUACAUGACCCCCGCCUUCAUCACCAUAACCAGCCCCUGCCACUUCACCCUGGUCACCGGCAAAUACAUCGAGAACCACGGCGUGGUGCACAACAUGUUCUACAACACCACCAACAAGAUGAAGCUGCCCUACCACCCCACGCUGGGCAUCGACCGCUGGUGGGACAACGGCAGCCUGCCCAUCUGGAUCACCGCGCAGAAGCAGGGCCUGAGGACCGGCUCCUUCUUCUACCCCGGCGGGAACGUGACCUACCAGGGCAUGACCGUGACGCAGAGCCGAAAGGAGGGCGCCCUGCACAACUACAAAAACGAGACCGAGUGGCGGGCCAACAUCGACACGGUCAUGAGGUGGUUCACGGAGGACAACCUGGACCUGGUCACGCUCUACUUUGGGGAGCCCGACUCCACGGGCCACAAGUUCGGCCCCGAGUCCCAGCAGAGGAAGGACAUGGUGGCGCAGGUGGACCGGACGGUGGGCUACCUGCGGGACCGCAUCUGGAAGAGCGGCCUGGCGGACCGCCUCAACCUGAUCAUCACGUCCGACCACGGCAUGGCCACGGUCAACAAGACCGGCACGCUGGUGGAGUUCCACAGGUUCCCCGACUUCUCCUUCAAGGACAUCGAUUUCGAGCUCCUGGACUACGGUCCCAGCGGGAUGCUGGUCCCCAAGCCAGGGAUGAUGGACAAGGUGUACAACGCCCUCAAGAACGCCCACCCCCACCUCCACGUCUACAAGAAGGAGGACUUCCCCCAGGCCCUCCACUACGCCAACAACCCCAGGAUCACCCCGCUGGUCAUGUACACCGACUCGGGCUAUGUCAUCCACGGGAGGCUGAACGUGCAGACCAACAAGGGGGAGCACGGCUUCCGCAACGACCUGAUGGACAUGAAGACCAUCUUCCGGGCCGUGGGCCCCAACUUCAAGAGGGGGCUGCAGGUGGAGCCCUUCGAGAGCAUCCACGUGUACGAGCUCAUGUGCAAGCUGCUGGGCAUCGUGCCUGAGGCCAACGACGGGCAGCUCAGCACGCUGCUGCCCACGCUGACGAGCGGCUGCAGCGGGUCGGCCCUCCUGCCCGGCGGCCGGCUCCCCUCGGUGACGGUGACAGGCCUGCUGGUGGCUGUGAUUCUUCUGGCCAAGGUCGCAUAA